UUGUGUCUUUCAGGGACAUUUUCAUUGCUGUCUCCUGUGGAAAAAUUAUAUAAACUCUAUGAUGGAGUGGAGACGUUUGUUCUGUUCAUUGGUUAUCCUCGUAGUCGUCACAGUUUAGUUGGCGCCAUAUUAGAUGCUCAUCCUGAAAUCAUCAUACCUCACGAGUUCAACCUUCUGGGUCAAUGGGAAUCUUUACAGUCGCAAACGGCUUCAAAGAAACAUAUGCAAAAAUAUUCUCUGUUUUUAAAGCUUCAGCAGCUUUCCAUGAGGCAAGCAGUGUUUGGAAUCCGCGCGAAUAAAAACAAUACUAUGCUGACUGGUGAUUACACGUACACAUAUAAUGUCCCUGGACUUUGGCAAGGCGGGUAUCAGCAUAGAAUAAAGGUAUCAAAGCAUUUUUUUUUAUUUGAUAAAUUUUAACAAUUUUUCACACUUUAAACAACAACAACAAAAAACUAAACCAAUUUACACUAUCCUGACUCUUUGGACAAGUUAAUGGCAAGGGUGACCUUGCGUCUCUCUGAGGACCACACGAGUUUGAUUGGUAAAACAAUUAACAAGCAAAGUUAACAUUGCCACCUAGCCCGAAAACAAAAGCAGCUGCUUUAAAGAGAUGCAAAGCUACUGAAUGGUAGAGGACCCGUAUCACGAAAUUUAGCUAAAUUUUCCCUUUAGAGGGUUCACUAAACUGGGACGAAGCAUAGAAAGAAAAAAAAAAAAAACAGAAGAAACGUUGAAAGAUGGAUUAAAUAUCACAGCAAAUACAAAACAAAUACGGAUGGACAUAAUUAAAACGGAUUUUUAAUUAACGCUUACAACAUUUUUCAGCUGAAGAGUUAGGUUUCAAAGUUUACCUUUGUUAUGUGUAACUUCAACCAUAACGCUUGGGAGACAGAUUUGUCUGUUUACAACUAGCAAUACUCAACAGAAUGGGCGAGACUGCCUUGACAAAGCCACCCCUAUCACCCAUAUCACGCCCCUUUUAAGCUAUCAGUCAGUUUUCUUCCACGCAAAGAUUUAAGAGAAAACGUGAUUUAAACCUAACGGAUAAUUUGAAAUAUUUAUGCUUUGCACCCUGGCCUUGGAGUGAAUGCGAGGCUGCUGAUGACUUAGUUAUGCGAAAAACUUACGUUUCACAUCAUGAUAUCAUCUUACCCAUUCUUAAACCUGAGCUGGCAAAAUCAGAAGAAAACGAUUCAAUAUGUUUAUCCAUACAGUAGUUGUACAGGACAUGUGAAUUGGAAGACAUAGUUUAGCUUAAAACCGCCUACCUCCUUGGUGUUGACUUGGCAUUUUCUCUUUCCCCGUUGUCCGCGCGAAGUUUGGGAAAGGGUGGGUGAGAAUCGCUCUCGGUGACGUCACAUGCCUAGAGAGUAGGCUGGUGUUGACAGAUGAACACGACGAUAAGGGCUCUAGUAAAUUCUGAUCCUUUCUAACAUUUAUUUUGGCAAGGUUAUUGGAGACAAGAAAGGUGGUCAAAGUUCAAUGAUUUUAGCCAAUCCAGACAGAAUGAAAACUCUUGAGGAAAUAGCCGAAGUUGUUCAAGUACCAAUGAAAUUCAUCCACGUCACAAGGAACCCAUUUGAUAACAUAGCAACAAUGACUCUUCGUGCUUUAGGACGUCGUGAUGCAGUGAGAGAAGGCAAUACAAAGGUGAGAUAAGGUUACAAGUAAGGAAAAUUAUUUUGAAUACCAGUCAGAUAUUAAGCAAAUGUUUGAGAAGGCCGUUAUCUGCCAAAGGUGGCAUUUCUGUGAAUUCUUUUUCUUUUUGAAGCAGUAAAUCGUCUAUCUCGUCUUUUUCAAACGGGCGAAAUCUUCUGCCAUUUUCUCCAGUUCUCCAGUUCUGCUGUCACUUUACCCCAAAGAAGAGGACCUGAGCCGUCGGUUUUGUCGCAUCACCAAGGUUUUCACAAAAAGAUCUGUUUAAAGGAAAGUGAAGUUUGGCCAAAAGUUGUUUCAAAUAAAAUUAUUGUCACGCUUGUCACACAAGGUUUGCCGUCUUCUUUCCUCUCCCGUCCUGUUGCGUAAGUUCACUUAUACCUGUCCAGUCUCGACUGACGUUACAUUAGUAGCAAUUUCCCUUUGAAUUAGCCGGGAAAUUUAAGCCAAUCACAAACGAUAAAUACACCUUUCCAGUGUUUUGAACAGGUUAUUAUUUUCAACAAAUGGAAGAGCAAGUCACUGAAGUGGAACAGGGCUGUCAUAGACCAGCUGGUUCUAUAUAAAUGUAAAGGUGCAUUAAAUCGGAUAAUGCCCUGACUUUUAACUCUUCUUAAAAUUAAUAAUAACCUCGCGAUACGCACUCGGUCAUUAUUUUCAAGAAGGCCUCGGAGCUCACGCAUUAUCCUAUACUAAAUAAUAACUCUGGUUAUUAAGAGUGCGAAAGAUAAAUUCGUGCUUUUACCUUUUUUCUUAGGUUAAUAACACAAAAAGUCUAGACAAAUCCAUAGACUUUUACUUCAAAUUAGCAGACGCUAAUCAGCGCGUCCGGGAACGUUACGGAGACGCAGUGAUUGACAUUCCAGGACACGAAACAGUGCUCAGACCAAGAGAGACCAUACAGAAGAUAUGUGACCAUUUGGGGGUCACGUGCUCUGAUGAUUACCUUGAUAAAUGCAGUAGCAUCAUGUAUGGUGCACCAUCAGUGACCAGAAACAAAGUAGUUUGGACUGAAGAACAGAAGAUGAGAGUAACACAGGCGAUCCAGAGUUAUCCAUUUUUGAGGGAUUAUGCAUUCGACCAGUACCUAGAGUAA